GCAAAAGCAAACAAAAAGCAACAUAAUAAUCAGCUUGUGACGUUGGGAAAGUUUGAUUGCAAACUAACAAUUUCUGGCUUCAAGGUCUAAACUUUUGCUUUAUAAGCACAAGACUCUCUCUCACCACACAAUAGGACAGAGACAUAAUCUUUGGCUUCAAACUUUGAAAUCUUACUAGAUUUAAUUUCAGCCCUAUGUUAAAGAAACUUCAAGACUUCUAGUCAGCUAAUGAUGGAUCUGAAAUUGUGGCUCUCAAUUCUGAUGGUUUGUGCGAUGGCUGAAUCUCAAAUGUUGCGCAAGGACUGGCUCAUAGAUGUGCCAUCCAGAAUCCCUGUUCUUCAAAGCUCAUGUGUGGUCAUUCCCUGCGUUUACUUUUAUCCCAAGACAAGAAAAAUAUUGAACAGAUGGCGGGGAUUCUGGAAGAGAGGGGACACGAUUGUUGCAUCAAAUUUCCUCAAUUUGAGACUAGGGAAUGAGUUCCACCAUCGAUCCAGAAUUACAGGAACCCUUCAAAGCGGCAACUGCACCUGGCAGCUGUAUGGCGUCAGAGAAACUGACACUGGUCCGUUUUACUUCAGAAUUGAAAUUCCACAACAUAAAAGCUUCACUUUCUCAAAAAAUACGGUGACCCUCAAUGUCUUCCGAGUUCCUGAGCCUCCCACCAUGUCUGUUGCAGUCCAAGAUCAAGUGACUGCCACCUGCAAAGUUACUCAUGUCUGUCCAUCAUCUCCUCCCAAAUUCUCCUGGAGCCACUCUGGAAUAAGGAAAACAAAGUCAAAAAAGCAGAAUAAAUGGUUGUGGUCAACAACGUCGACCCUCACCUUUAACCCUCAAGAAGCCGACUUCAACAUGCCUUUAAACUGUACGGUGACAUUCCCUGGCAGGAAGACUACAGUGGGCUCUGUGCUUCUCAUCAAGAAGAGUACCAAGUGAAUCUAAAUAUGGAGUACUAGAUUAGAGCAAUAUUUUUAGUGCUAUCUGCCAUGAUGGCAAAGUGAUUUUGCAGAAAAAAGCCUGAAAUAGUAAAACUA